AUGGAGAAGCAACUGUUCAACUUGAAAUGGACGUCCAAGCAGAUGCAGCGUGAGUCCAAGCAUUGCGAGAAGCGCGAAAAGCAAAACAAAUUGAAACUCAAACUUGCGAUCCAGAAGGGCAACAUGGAUGGUGCGCGCAUCUACGCUGAAAAUGCCAUUCGUGAGAAGAACCAAUCCCUGAACUACUUGAGGCUCGCGUCGCGUAUCGAUGCGGUGGCCGGGCGAGUGGAGACGGCGGUGCGGAUGCGAAUGGUCACCAAGUCCAUGGGCGGUAUUGUAAAGAACCUCGAAGCCGCCUCCAAGUCGAUGAACCUCGAGAAGAUGACCAAGGUCAUGGACCAGUUCGAGAAGGAGGUCGAGAACCUUGACGUGCAAUCGAUGUACAUGGAGGGGGCGAUGAGCCAGACCUCUACGCUCACCACGCCGCAGGACCAAGUCGACUCGCUCAUCUCUCAGGUGGCGGACGAGCAUGGCCUUGAGCUCAGUGGCCAGCUGGCAACGCCGCAGAGUGCCGCGCCCCAACCCGUUGCCGCCAGCAGCGAUGACCUGCAGGAGCGCCUGGCUCGUCUCAAGGCUCUCUCGUAG